AUGGCCACCAACGGCCACGAUCAUCUAGAACUGGUGGUUUUGCCACCAGACGACUUGGACAUGAGAACAACAGAGGGGAAUAACAUCAAUAACAACAACAAUAAUAACACCAACCCGGUGUUGAGUGUAUGGGACUACCUGUUGAACGCUGUAUUCUACAGUGCCACCUCGGUGUACGAAAUAAUAAUCCUAAGAUAUCGGUGGAGGC